AUGUCCCUCCAUCCGCAACUCCCGGAUCCUUCGACUAGUGCUGACAAUGAAUACGUACACAUACGGUGUCUCAUCGCAAAUAUACAUAAACCAAAAAAUGUAUCUAGACCUCCUUCUACGCUACCCAAGGACGUGGUCUUGGAAUCGCCGUCGUCCUCAGAUACAGAACGAAGUAAUUCGGGAUCAGAAAGAUCCGAAGCCAGCCCGGCUCAAGAGAUUAUACCACCGCCGCCACGUAUGAAAAGCAACAGUAUCGCCGGAUCUAUGUUGGAGACACCAACAGCGCACCACCAUAAACAUCGACGGCCCUCGUUCCUGCACCUGCAGGUCGGACGCAACGAGCACGAAGGACCACACUCGGCAGGUGUUCACCUCACCGUUCCCCGGUUCACCGUCACUGCACCUCCUGGAGAACAACGCCGCUUCAGCCACGGCUUUGCAUUCCACGGUUUUGCACUUCGAAGACACUCUAACACGGUCUGA